ACGUCGGGUGGAGGAAGGCGUUGCUCGUCGCUCUCUCUGGGAACUGACUAGAGAAACGGAAAAUGGCCGAUCUCGAAGACGUUACGCUGGACGGGAGACCGCUCCAGUCCCUUCGAGUAGCGGAUUUAAAAGCUGCUCUUGAGGAGAGAGGACUCUCGAAAAGCGGGCAGAAGAAUGCUCUUAUUAAAAGACUCAAGGGGGCUCUUAUGCUGGAGAAUCUGCAGAGGACCUCCACCGCUCACAUUGGACUGCAACCAAACUCUCAGAUUGGGGAGGAAAUGAGCCAAAACAGCUUUAUCAAGCAGUAUCUGGCUAAACAACAGGAGCUCCUGAGGCAGCGUUUGGAGAGGGAGGCUCGCGAAGCAUAUGAAACAAAUGAACAAGAGGACCACGCAGAAGUUAACAAUAGUACCUCAUGUCCUCCUCAAGCCCAGGAUGUCACACCAGUACUGGCUGAGCAGCACAAGCCACCUGGCCCCUCUGGUGGAGAGGGAUUGUUUGGUGCAGGGAAUGAGGGAGAGGGUAACAGGAACCAGGAGGCUGACAUGUCUGGUCCUCCUGCGUCUGGCUCUGUGGCCAUGCGAGGUGGUGAACACCGGCCGGAGAGGGGUUCUGCAUCCAGCGAAGUUGCAGCUGACAGCGAUGAUGAGGAUAGCGAGGAUGGAGAGGAGGAUGGUGACGAUGAUGAUUGGGAUAGCAGUACUCGGAGGAGAAGCCUCAGAGAGCCAGCCAGAGUGCCCACGACCAGAGAGAGGUCUGGGGCAUCCUGUCAACCACAGCAGCAACACAUCCCCUCCCUUUUGUCUCCUCAGCUCCGCCAGCCAACACCUCCCCCCUCCCCACCUCCAGAGUUGUCAUUCCCCCUGCCUGACACCCCUAAACAGAGCCCCCCUAGUCCAGAUGUAGCCGCAGCUAGGCGCUCACCCAGUACCUCCAGCUCCGGUUCCUCCAGCAGCGGCAGCCGCAGUAGCAGCCCAGAGCCGCAGAGGAGUGGACAUGCCGAACGCAAGCCCGGCCCGCUGACCCUUCUGGCACGUAAAAUGGAGUCGGAAGGUGCUUUCUCUGGAGCAGGUUGGCACGGCGGCGAUGGGGAAGGCGAUAGGCAGGAUAGCAGUUCACCUUCAGCUACAUCGUUUCCUGGCAGAGGGCCUCCAGAGUGUCUGGUAUCUGCCAUCACUCACACAGCCAACACUGCAGGCCAUGUGCCAUUUCCCAUGAUUCCAGGCACAAUCUUGGGUGUCACAGGAGCACAUUCGGCCCAUAUUCAAGUACCUGUGAGUGUGCUCAAGGCCACUGCAACAGAAGAGAGGGAUAGAGAGAGGGAUUCUGAAAUAGAAGUAGAAAAGGCUUUAGAGUUGGAAAGGCAAGAGAAGCAGAGAAAACUUGAGCAAGAAUGCGCAAUGGAGGUAGAACAGGAAAAAGCUCUUGCACUAGAGAGGGAGGAAAAGCAGAGAGCUUUAGAGAAAGAGAGAAUUGAGCGACAGCAGGCCUUAGAAAGAGAAGAACGAGAAAAAGCUUUACAGCGGGAGCGAGAACUUGCUCUCGAGCGAGAAAGGCAGGAGAGGGAACUAGCUUUGGCUAAAGAGAGGGAGGAGCGAGAGCAAGCCUUAGCACGAGAGAGGGCCCUGGAGGUGGAAAGGCAGAAGGAGCUCGAAAGAGAGAAGGCCCUGGAGCAAGAACGUUUACAGAGAGAAAGAGAGGAGAGGGAGAGGCGUGAGAGAGAAGAAACGGAGAGAGCAAUGGAGCUAGAAAGAGCCAAGGCUUUGGAGAGGGAAAGGGAGAAGAGAGAAAGGGCUCUUGAGCUAGAGAGGGAGAGAGCUUUGGAGGCUGAGAGAAAGGAGAAGGAGAGGAUUGAAAAAGAGAAGGCUUUGGAGCAGGAAAGGUUGGAAAGGGAAAAAGCCUUAGAGCAAGAGAGAAUAGAAAGAGAGAGAGCCCUGGAGCAAGAGAGACUAGAAAGGGAGAGAGCCUUGGAGCAAGAGAGAAUAGAAAAAGCUCUACAGCAAGAACGGUUGGAGAGGGAGAGAGCUUUAGAGCAAGAGAGGAUGGAGAAGGAAAGAGCUGAAAAGGAGAGGAAAGAGAGGCUAGAGAAGGAGAAAGCUCUAGAGCAGGAAAAACUUGAAAAGGAGAGAGCAUUUGAGAAGGAGAGAGCUCUGGAGAAAGAGAGAGAAAGGGCUCUCGAACGUGAAAGAUUAGACAAAGAGAAAGCCAUGCAGAAAGAGAAGGAUGAGCAGGAGAGGGCAGUGGAACAGGAGAAAGAGAGAGCUAGGAUGGCUGAAAAGGAGAGGGAGAGUCACCUCCCUCCAUCCAAACGUGGCCGUGAGAUUGGUCUCACACUCCUGCCCACUCCUCCCCCCCUCUCCACAGGACCAGCUAGAAAAUCAUCGACAGAGGCAGGAGAGCAGGAAGAUGUCCAUGCUCCAGUGUCCCGGAGUGAAACGCAAGCAGCAGAGUCCGGUGCACCCAUGUCACCAACACCUCUGUCGCCACAGUCCUCGUUCAAGAAGUUCCGGUUCUUAAGGGACUCUCCAAUUCAGCCCCAAUCUUCCUCCACUUCCAUGGUUAUCAAGCGGCCCUCGACCUUCUCUGAUACCCCCGAGCCUCAGGCCUCACCUGUCUUCUCUCCCACCAGUGUUGGGGAACGACAGCAGGAACAACACCAGCCCUCCACUGAACAGGAAGAUCCACAGAUGCAGAAAAAACAGGAGGUUAUUGCUGGGCCACCGGGAUCUGUUAGGAUCCAGUCUGAGAAGGAGAAAACUUCUGGCACCAAACUGAGCCAGAGUUCCACAAAAGAAGGGGCCAAAAGCCUUGUAUCAGAGGACAAAGAACCGGCAGUUUCAGUGAUGACUGAACAGGCUGCCAAGGAAUCCAUCAAAAAAGCUAAAGAAGUGGAUGAAAGCAAGGGUCCUUUAAGCCCAGUGGAUGCUGCACAGCGAAAGGGAAGAGAUGCCGAGAAGGAAGAGAAAAAAAUGAGACAAAGAUCAUCGUCUAAUGAUUCCUCUUCCUCAGAAUCAGAUUCUGAGUCCUCAUCAUCUCGUUCCUCUAGGUCAUCCACAUCUUCUCAAGAGGAAACCUCCUCCAGCUCCAGAGGUAGAAGGGAGGUGAAACCUGAAAGAGAUUCAUCACCACAGCGCAGGGUGACAGUAGAGGCUCAGGCUGAGGGUUUAAAGGAAAUCCCAAAAGCCUCCUCUCGCAAAACAGAGAUGUCAGCAGAGAAGAGUAACACAACUGCUGAUGGAGACAGUCAAACCAAGAAACCUUUCAUUGAAGCUCCAACCCAAGAGGGGACACAAAGAAAAAGAAAGGACAGUGAGGAAGAGGAGGAAAAAGACGAACAAAGGCAGGUGAAGGAGACUGCCAUGGCAGAUCCAGAGAAGCUUCUAGAGACCAGCGAGGAGACACCAAAGGCCUUCUCAGCUCGUAAGAUCUCUCUUAGCAGCAACAAAUUGUCCCCGGGCACUGGCAGUGCAGAGGGUGAGCAGGAUUCUGGGGCCAUUGCUGGUCGCAAGAGGAGGUGGGGUUCCAGCACAGCUGUCACUGCCAAGAAACCUUCCAUCAGCAUCACCACAGACUCACUCAAGUCUCUAAUCCCGGACAUCCGGCCCUGUCUCGGCCAAGAGGCGAUAGUGGAUCUGCACCCUGAGGAAGCUGCCCUCUCUGGGAUUGAGGAUGAAGAGAGGGAGCGCUCUGACCAGGACCUUCAGAUCCGUCGCACUGUCACCCAGGUGGUGCACUCGGAGAGCCAGGAGAAUGGACAGAAAGAGGCAAAGAGGAGCAGACAUGAGGACCUGGAGGAGGAAGAUCUACAGGGAGACAGAGAAAGAACAAGGGUGCAUGAAGAGAAAAUGGAUACCUCAUUUCCUCAAGCAGUGGAAACCGAAUCACCAUCACAUACCAGCCAUGAUGUAGAAAUCAACACUGUGACCCCCAGCGACACCCUCAUUCGGCGCUCCAUCAGCCAGCAGAAAACAGGCGUUUCCAUCACAAUCGACGACCCUGUGCGCACGGCCCGGCAGCCUUCACCGCCUCGUGGCAAAGUCUCCAACAUUGUUCACGUCUGCAACCUGGUGAGGCCGUUCACUUUGGGGCAGCUUAAGGAGCUGCUCGGAAGAACUGGCACCCUGGUGGAGGAGGGCUUCUGGAUUGACAAAAUCAAGUCUCACUGCUACGUCACUUACUCCAGCUCAGAAGAGGCUGUUGCCACACGGGCAGCUCUUCAUGGAGUGAAAUGGCCUCAGAGCAACCCAAAAGUCCUUAGCGUGGACUUCUGCCAGCAAGAUGAGCUGGACUUCCACAAAGGCUUGGGUGCAGCCGACCGACCCGGAGCAGAGGAACAGGCGCCUGGCUCUGGCCGUGGUCGAACAUCAGGCCUGCCAUCUCUCCUCCCUGAGCGUGACCAGUGGGCUGAGCGUGAGCGUGAAAUGGAGCGUCGGGAGAGGGCCCGAGCAGAGCGGGAGUGGGAUCGUGACAAGGUCAGAGAGUUUGGGAAACCUGGAGAAGAGAAGGACGGGGGUCCUAGGAGGUCACGCUCUCGAGAGAGACGACGUAAGGAGAGGGGAAAGAGCAAGGAGAAGAAGACUGAAAAGAAGGAGAAAACUGCUGAGGAUCCCCCUGCAAAACUGCUUGAUGACCUGUUCCGCAAAACUAAAGCAGCUCCUUGCAUAUACUGGCUUCCACUUACAGAGGAACAGUUUGUUCAGCGAGAAGCUGCCAGAGCAGAACGGAUGAAGGAGCGUGAGAAACGGAGGAAGGAGCAAGAAGAGGAGGAGGAGAAAAAAAGGGAAGAGGAGCGCAAGGAGAGGAUGAAAGCCGCAGGUGGCACAACAGGAGACCGGAGUGAGGGUGAGAAGGACAAGGACAGAGACAGAGAGAGGGAAAGAGAAAGAGACCGAGGUAGAGACAGAGACAGAGAAAGGGACAGGGAAAGAGAGAGGGAAAAUGACAAACGCAGGGAUGGCUACCGUAGGCCGGGUGGCAGCGGGGCAGGCGGGGGCCGACGCUCACGCAGCCGCAGCGACCCACGAGAAAGGCGGCGCUAAUGGCGAAUCAACUGAUGGAACUGUCCUAGAGACCACCCUCUUCCAUUUGCCUUUCACUACAUGUACUUUGUUAAACUAAGACCCAACAGAGGACCAACUGAUGUCGUCACCAUCUCUCAAAUUGUCACCUUUUUUAAAGCACAUCUACACCUACACACAGUCAUGCUUAAAGGGGACCAUGAUUUUUUGCAGUGUUGUUUCCCAGAGUGCUGUACGUCUUGCUCCUGUCAAGGUUUGAUAUAUUUUCUUAAUAGAUUUGCCUCUCUUUUUCUUUGGUUUUUGUUUUGAUGGCAUAGCAGUAUGGCACACUGGGUAAUUUUCAUUAUUUCCCCCAAUGUUCCCCACUCUGCCCCAAAGUGUAGGUGACAAUUAUGAUUUGCAAACAAUUGUCGUCGCCUCAGUGUUUAACAGCUCUGCAAUUUGGAUGAGGAAUCCUUUUGUUGCUUCAUGUAGUCCAAGGCUCUCCUUGCCAGUCCUGCCUAAAGAGAAAACUCAACCCUUUGUGCAGAGGCUCGCAUAAAUCUGAAAAUAUUGGAAUAGGUGUGUUUGGCAUUUUGUACAGACAUAUAAGAGUAAUCAAAAUCAAGUCUUUAAAUGAGGCAGCUCCUGGGUAUUUUUGGACAGGUGUGGAAUAACUACUAAAGUAAUGCAGUGUUCAUCUCUCCCUCUGUUUAGUUAAAGAGAUGAGACGAUUCUCUGGGAGAGAAUCUGUCCGUCGCACCUGAAACAAGUUAUGAUUAUGUCCCUAUCAUUGAUUCUCUUCUUCCUCCCUCCUUUCCUCCUCUUCCUCCAGUUCUCUUACCCUGUAGUGUCCAUACAGGCCCAAGAGGGGAGAUUGCAUUAUGAGUUUCUCACCAAUGGUUUUAAUAUUGUUUUUUAAUCGUUAUUUUAUCAUUUAGUACAAAGGUUUGUUUUUGUUUUGUUUUUUUUUAAUUUCUUCUUUGAGUACGCCUAUCAGUGGUGAAUGUACAAAUAAUAAAAA